AUGAAGGUUGGGCUGGUAGGGCGGGAACAGGAGGAGCAGGAGGAGGAGGAGCAGGAGGAGCAGGAGGAGGAGCUGAAGCAGGAGGAGGAGCUGGAGCAGGAGCUGAAGCAAGAGGAGGAUCUGGAGCAGGAGCUGAAGCAGGAGGAGGAGGAGCUGGAGGAGGAGGAGGAGCUGAAGCAGGAGCUGGAGGAGGAGGAGCAGGAGCUGAAGCAAGAGGAGGAGCAGGAGCUGAAGCAGGAGAAGGAGCAGGAUGUCUCCUCCUCAGUGUCUCCUCCUCUGAGGUCUCCUCCUCAGUGUCUCCUCCUCUCUCUAGCCCCUCCCCUCUGCUGCAGGGUGAUAUCAGGCCCCUCCCCUCUGCCGCAGGGUGAGAUCAGGCCCCUCCCCUCUGCCGCAGGGGUGAGAUCAGGCCCCUCCCCUCUGCAGCAGGGUGAUAUCAGGCCCCUCCCCUCUGCCACAGGGGUGAUAUCAGGCCCCUCCCCUCUGCAGCAGGGUGAUAUCAGGCCCCUCCCCUCUGCCGCAGGGGUGAUAUCAGGCCCCUCCCCUCUGCCGCAGGGUGAGAUCAGGCCCCUCCCCUCUGCCGCAGGGGUGAGAUCAGGCCCCUCCCCUCUGCAGCAGGGUGAUAUCAGGCCCCUCCCCUCUGCCACAGGGGUGACAUCAGGCCCCUCCCCUCUGCAGCAGGGUGAGAUCAGGCCCCUCCCCUCUGCAGCAGGGGUGAUAUCAGGCCCCUCCCCUCUGCCGCAGGGUGACAUCAGGCCCCUCCCCUCUGCAGCAGGGGUGACAUCAGGCCCCUCCCCUCUGCAGCAGGGUGACAUCAGGCCCCUCCCCUCUGCAGCAGGGGUGACAUCAGGCCCCUCCCCUCUGCAGCAGGGUGACAUCAGGCCCCUCCCCUCUGCCGCAGGAUAUCAGUCUGCGUCUGCCACUUGGGACGACAUUACCCAUACCGACGCAUAUAAGAAAACCCAGGAGACGCUGUCCCAGGCAGGACAGAAAACCACCGCAGCUCUGUCCACGGUGGGAACCGCCAUCAGGAGCCGACUCGGAGACAUGAGAAACUCGGCCACGUUCAAGUCGUUCGAAGACAAAAUGGGAAACCUGAAGUACAAAGUCGUCGGCGCCAAAGGAAACGGCGAAGCCACGAGCGAAACCGAGACCACGCCCACUCAGGAAAACCCCCCCUUCUAA